AUGAAUCUUUUGUGGAUUUAUAAUAGAAAAAAGAGCUUUCUAGUUUAUCAUAAUUAUAAAAUACAGAUCUUAUUUUAUUGGAAAUUUAUAAUUAUUUAAGCAAUCCCCUAGAUUCUUUUCACUUUUAGCUCUCGAUACAGGAUGGAAUAUUAAUGUUCAAGCAAAUUAAAUUAAAUUUUUGGAAAAUUGCUUUCACACCUUAGCUGA